UACCUCUCUUACAACGCAAAUAUAAUAAAGUUAAUUUGCUUUUUAACAUUUAUCGCAAAUUUCUUUUUCCCCUUUUUCUUUUCCUUUUGGCAGGCACAUUGAAAAAAUAUAUAUGGAGAAGAAUACUUCGUUGAAGUUCGCCUUCUUGGUUGUUCUCUUGAUCGCAGCCUCAGGUACGUACAUAAGGAUAUAAACUGAUGAAAACUGGGUAUUUGUUUACACUAUUUUCAAAGAUUUGUGUAUUGCAAGGUGGGUAAUUAUAGGUAUUAAUUAAUGGAAAUGUGUAAUAAUGUAUACAUCUUCUGUAGGCCUGCCAUUGACGACAAUGAAGACUGCAGAAGCUGUGACUGUACCAACGUCAUGCACCACUGCUAAGGAUUGUCAUAAAAUCUGCAUCAUCAGAAAGAAGAAAUGUGAAAAUGGAAUGUGUGUCUGUGCUUUUUGAAUUUUGAUGAAACUGUAAGCAUCGAUGAUGAUGAAAGCGCUUAAGAGAAAAUAUGAAAAAUGUGUUUAUAAAUUUUUUUUCCCCGUUGUGUGUAAGAGGAUCGACAGAGGAAGUUUGGAUCCGACCCGACUUUCACGGUUGCCCCAAGUAACAACCAACCCAUUAACUUCUAUAAUUGAUUAAUGUAUUCUAUACCUGUAUUUUUCUAGUAUUAUUCAACUAUAUCAAAUUAACUCGUUUAGAUUUUUUUCCAAAUAAAAAUGAAAAAUUGGAUUAUACUAUUGGAUAAUGGUGGAUGACGGGCUGGAAACCCAGUGUUCCCUGAUCACAAGACAAAAUGAUGGUAAUUUGAUCAUAAUAGUGAAUUGUGAGUCAAUUUCAUCCACUCUUUUUCCUUUUUAUCGUAUGUUGUAAGUUAUCAAUGACGACUGAGAUAUAUGAAAUUCUCAAUUGAUAAGAAGUGAGGAAAACCGGAAAAGUCGUUGUGCUAAAUGUAGGACGAACUUAAUGUAUUUGGAUUAUAUUUUAUACGUUAUAUAUAGGCCUGUCGUUGACUACAAUUGAAUAUUUGAGCACAUCAUAUAACUAGCAAUUGACGUGUAUAGUUGAGUAAGUUGACUACCGCGUGUAGUUGGCAGUUACCAUGCAUGCAUGCCACCUAGUUAAUUACCAAGAAAAGCAUAACAAGAUAGUAAUAUUUGCAUUUAUGAUAGUUAUUGAAUAUUCCAACCGUCUAACAACAUGGCAAAUGGAAAAACAUAGAAACUUGAAACGUGCUCAUCAUGCAAACUUGGCAGUUGACUGGUACAUGCAAUUCCCUCAACAUCCCUAUUGCUUCCCCAAUAUAUAUAUAUAUAUAAAUAGUUGAAGAUGAAGCAAUCAAUCAGUAAACGCGAAUAUCGAUCAAAAAGCUGAACGCAAAGAACAGAAAGGAGGUAGACUCGAUCUGUGAAGAAGGCGAAUUGUCAUGGGGAGGACAGCAAUGGCGGCUUUGGUGGUGAUGGUGCUGUUGGUGGCUCGUGGAGACAUUUCUUCGGCCGCUGAUUGCUAUACUGAUUGCUUAAACGGUUGUUCUUUGCCCGGGUACGCAAAUUGCAUAGCAAAAUGCUUGAAACAGUGUUUUGGCGACGGCGGGAAAGCAAGCUCAAUGGUCAGUAGGACGAGUACUCCCAAGAAAUCCGAGGUGCAAAAGACACGAGAAUAACAGGCAGCGUGAGCUACGGGACUGACUUAGCAGAAUAAACGGCGGCCCUGCUAGUUAAUUUUAUGCAUCAUCCUAGGAUGGCAAAAAUAUCCGUAACCGUGGAUAUCCGCCCGAAUCCGGCCUAAUCGGGUAGGGUAAAACUCAAACCCGAAGGACAUUUAGUGGGUACGGGUAAAACCCGAACCCGAAUAUUGCGGGUAAUGGGUGGGUAUGGGUUUCUCAGUAUCCAACCCGAACCCGCCCGAUUAUACACAUACAUAUGUAUUUUUUCUAGAAAUAGUCAUUAUUUUUCUCUAACAUAUUUUAUAUUUAGCAUAUAAAUAUAAUAUUUUCAU